AUGUUUUUUGACAAUUUUAACUUUGUCUUUCAAUUCUCUUUCGAAGAAUUCAGCGGAAGCUUUCGUGGAAUUGAUGUAAAAGAUGCGAGGAACGGAAACUUCGAGCUUCUUGAUAGCGUUCCUAGCAACUUGUACGAAAACAGAGACAACACCUGGUUCAGAAGCAGGUCUGAUUUCAAUGACUCUCCAUUCAGAAAAGCUCUUUGCCUGAAUUUGUUCUUGGCUGAUCAAUGUCCUUGUUUCACGCCAUUUCUUCUUUGCUUCAAUCAAAGCCAAUUGAUAAGGUGUUAG